AAUUUAACGAAACUGUUAUUAAUUCUUUUUUGGCAAGAGUUGACCUCAGAGUAAACGCUUUUGGCGUGUAAUACAAGACUGAUGUGAAGGAAUCAUAUCAACUUAAUUACUCUUGGAUUCUCGUACAAUGCAAUGUAAUAUAUCAAACAAAAUUUUGUUAACUUCUGUUUUGGAGCUAUAAGUAAUGGACAAUUUUUGAAGAUGCUCGUCGAUGGAAGUUUCUUCGUUGUUUCCUCUUGGCAUUCUCUCUUUCGGCUCUUAUUGUCAACUAUUGACAAACGAAUGUAAAUAUAUUAUUCCUUCAUUGUUUCUUAUUGGCCCAAAAGCAAACACAAACCUUUUUCCUUCAUUUUGCUGGAUAUGGACCCAUAAUUUGUCUAAAAAAAAAAGAUAAUAAAUGAAUUUUAAGAAUUUCCCAAUCUCAAGACUUGCAUGUAAAAUGCAUUAUCAACGCAUAAAUUUGCCAGUGAAGGAAGGAAAUUUUCCUUCAAAAAAACUAAGAACUAAUACAUGAGGUUUGCCUAUACGUCAACCCCAAGUUGUGAAGGAAAGCAACCAUGAGUUAGACGGGACCUCCGAUGACGUGCUUCAACUUAAAAUAUAAGGCUAAAAAGGUCCUGUGACGAUCAUUCCAUGAUCGAGGGCGUCCCUCGCCUUAUAAAAACAACAGAUUAGAAGAAAAGAAGUUGGAAAACAUUGUAAACAAGCUCAAAGAUAUUUUUCCUUUUUUUUUUUUAAUUUAUUUCUCUUUUGGCAUUUGAAGAAAAGAUGAGGAUCAUGUUUCACGAUUCAAUCAUUCCAAAAAAAAGUCACAGUUUUGAAUAACAGCUGUACCAGUUAGGAAUUUUAAUACCACUACUAAACAUAAGCCUGGUAAGGGUAAUUCCGUUGAUUUGGUCCUCGCUGAAACCUUCGUUCUCCCCUUUCUCUCUUGCUGCUAAUGGGUAAAACUAGACAAUUUCUGUGAAGGAGCAAUCUAACAUUCCCUUCUGUUUUAAAGUUCUCACAAAAAAAAAGAAAAAAAACUUUUGUAAAGGUUCAGUGUUACCGUUGCCGUUAUUGACUUGCUUGUUCCUCCUCUUUCCUAUUAAAAUCUCGGAGCAUGACAAUUUUUUUGCUCAUUCUUUGUGCUUUCUCAUUGCUUUGUUCUUCAACCAAAAAGAUUCCUUGUUGCUUUCACCUAAAGGGUCAGGAUUUUCUGCUUUUCUCUUACUGAAUGCAGCUCUUGAUCACCCAAACAACAAUCCAGAUAGUAUAUCAUGUCGUUUUUACCAGCACGAAAAGGUAGACACAGACAAAGAUACGAGGAUAAUCUGAGACUUGUUGCCGGGUGCAUUCCAUACAGAUUCUUAAAUGUUGAGGAUAGGAACAGCAAUGUGAUGAGCAGGAUUACUAUUCUCAUGAUAUCGACGCCAAAUCGUGAUGAUCUUGUGUUCCCUAAGGGGGGAUGGGAAGAUGAUGAGACUGUUCAUGAAGCAGCAUGUCGUGAGGCCCUGGAGGAAGCCGGAGUGAAAGGAAUACUUGCUGAGGAUCCACUGGGAGUCUGGGAGUUUAGAAGCAAGAGCAGACAGAACAGCUGCAGCCUGGAAGGUGGUUGUAGAGGUUAUAUGUUUGCCUUGGAGGUGACUGAAGAACUUGACUCAUGGGCAGAGCAGACUAGUUACAAGAGGAAAUGGCUUUCCCCAGAAGAAGCAUAUAAAUUUUGCCGGUAUGAUUGGAUGAGAGAUGCUCUUCAAGUAUUUUUGAGAGCCAUCGACAAAGACAGAACGAGUGCUAGGGCAGAAAAGUUGGAGGAGCUCCCUAUGUUCCCAGCGUCGGAUGCUCUGCCAGAGCAUCAUCAGAUGUUAUCAGCUGGUUGUUCCGGCAAACCACCCAGCGUACAGCACCUUGAAGAGUCUUUUACUAAUAAAUGUAUUGUCCAGGGUUAAUGAGUCCUAGACAAAUGUUAUCGAUUAGGUGUUUGCCAUCAUUAACUGUUAAAUACUGGGUCACAUUCAAUCUUCUAAUCUCCUCUUCGCUGGUACAACUGCUGUAAAAACAUAGCAAAUGAGAAGAAAAAUAAACUGGACUUCUCACUUACUCUUAUUUUUUAGAGUUUAAAUUAUAUUAGAAUGAUGUUAAAAAGUGAAUUUUCUUUAAAAAAAAAAUUAAUUAAUAUCAUACAUCCCCUAAAUCAACUAUCGUUAAUAUUUUUAACCCGAAUUACCCUUUACACUUAUUUGCAUUCAUUUUUUUAAUUAAUUAAAUAAGAAAAGUAGAAGCCAAUAAUGGUUAAAAUACAAAGAACUACGCUGAUU